AAAUCAUAUUCUUUCAUUCUGCAAUUCAAUUGUUUUUGUAAACUUUAUAGUUUUAGUUUCUUCAUAAAUAAAUUUUUUUUUUCUUGUACAAAAUGAUCAAAAUUAAAUUCUCACAUGGUCUUUAUAUGGUUUGGAAUGCAAAUGAUGCUGUUGAAAUUCGUGAAAAAUAUCGUAUCAUUGGAAGUUUGAUCGGAACAAUCCCAUUACAUCCACGUCAAAAUGAUAAUCAUGGUUUACCGUUGAUUCUUUCGGAUGAAGAAAUUCGAAUAUUAACUACAUUAAAUGUUAUCGAAAUUGUUGAACAAUCAUUUUCUACUGAAGAAAAUCAUCCACAAUUAUUACAACAUUAUAAUGAAUUAUUGAAAAAAUUUCGCGAUGAAAGUCGUCAAAAAUUUAUGGAAGAAAGACGUGAACAAAUUAUUACGAAUUUAGAUAAAAUUGUUGCUGGUAAAAUGAAAAAAUCUCAAAUUCAACUUGAAGGCGAUGACCGUGAACAAUAUCGAAAUAAAAUUCUUGAUGAAAUGCUUUCAACAAUACGUGAACCAUCAGAUAAAGAUCUUGAAGAUCGUAUUCGUUUUCAUAUUCAAUCACAAUAUCAACAAUUUAAAUUGGAAAAACCCAUUCAAUUACCAUCAUUAGAACCGAAAAGUUUAGAUGAAUUAAAAUUUCUUACAUUUCAUCAUUUUUGGUCACUUGGUUAUUAUCUAACAAAUGGAUUAAAAUUUGGUGCACAUUUUCUUGUCUAUGAUCAUGAUCCAAUCCUAUUUCAUGCAAAAUUUAUUGUAUUUUGUUGCCCAAACGAUAAUGAAUUUCAACGUUUCAAACAACGUAUGACACAAGCAUAUGGACGGUUAGGUAAAAAUGUUCGAAAAAAUGUAAUCAUUGUACAUUAUGAUGGUGAUGGUGAUAAAAUUCGAUUCGAACACAUUCAAUGGAAUCCGAUGCUUUUCACCGAAGAACAACAGCAACAAAAAAAUGAUCAAUAAAAUAUUUCAAAAAAACAAUUUUAAUUGUAAUCAAUUCAAAAGAACAUGAUAAAUAAAAAACAAUAUUGGUUUGAUA